AUGACAGAUGUAAAAGAAUCCAACGAAUUGGCAAAUAAAGAAUUACAAACACUUUUAAAUAUUAAACAUAUUCGUCAACAUUUAAUUAAUGUUGGUUUGAUUAAUAAAAAUGGUGAAAUCAUAUAUAAAGAUGAAUAUGAACAUAAUCCUAAACAUCGUUCUAGAAGACGACAUACUUCAAAAAAAAAUGUUGAAAAACUAUGUCGACGUUCAAAAUCACCAAAUAAUUAUUCAAUUGAUCAACAACGUAGGAGUACUACAAUAUCUCGAACAAGACAAAGAAGUAUGUCCCCAUCACCAACACGUCUUUCAUCAUCGAAUCCAUCAACACGUGUUAAAAGUGUUUUGGUGCGUCGUACUGUCAGUCCAAAGCAAAUUUCAAGUAAUGAUCGAUGUAUAGUAACAAUGAUAUAUUAUGGAUCACAGACAAAUAUUUCAUAUGAACGUAAUUUAUUUCAAUCUGAAGGUGAUGAAAUAAUUAUUAUGCAACAACAUUGUGGAGGAGAAAAUAUUAUUGUUUAUAAAGGUUCAUUAAAACCUAAUAAAACAUUUCAAUUUGAAUCUCGACGACAUAUUAAUUAUCCAUUUGCAUUAACAUUUUAUGUUAAUGGUCUUAUUGAUAAUCGUUUAUCAAUUUGUUGUGAAUUUCGAUAUAAACAUAAUGUACGAAUAGGUGGAAAACGUGGUCUUUUUGGUAUUAUAAAUGUUCAAAAAUCAAAAGCAUGUCGAAGAUGUCGAACUGAACAACGAAUGAAAAAAUUAGCAAAAUUAAAAGCUAAAAAUAUCUCAAUAAUGGCUAAUAUAUUAAGUCCUGAGACAAAUUUGACUCGCACAACAAGUCCUGAACUAAUAAUUACUAGUACAAUGAGUCCAGAAGAGCAACAUGAAUCGUCAUUACAUUCACCGAAUGAAGUAUCAAAUGAACGACCAAGAACAACUAAUUCAACAAAUACAUAUUCUUCAGACCUUGAUGUAGUUGAAGAAAAAGUUCAUUCAUCUCCUUCAACACAUCAUAAACAUGAACAAUCAAUAUCAGAAAAUAUAUCUAAUAAUCAACGUCGUAAACCAAUGAGUUUUACUGAAAAACAUACUAAUGAUAAAGCAACAAUAACUGAUGAAUAA